AUGUCAGAACAAUUAAAUACCACCACAACAACUAAUACAGAGACACAAAUUGAGGAAACCAACCAAAAUACACCAAGCUCAUUAGGUGAAAUUGUAUCUGAUAAAAAGAAUGGUGGUGAAUUUGAUGAUGUAAUUGAAAGAAAUGUUGUAGUUUGGAUGAAAGAUCAAUUAAAUAAAGAAAAAAGACGUAUAAAUAGAAUGGGAUCAAAAUCAAUUCCAGUUGAUGUAAAGAAUGCAGGUAUAAUUAAAGAAGAAAAUGGUGUAAUUUUAAAUAGAAUGGAAUUAAAUACAAAUUUUGAUUUUGAUAAAGUUUCUCAAAUUAUGGUUAGUGAAUCAACUGAAUGUCCAGUUAAAAAAGGCUAUCAUUAUAUUACAGUUUUAUUAUUUGCAAAUAAUCCAACCCCAUUAAUUGUUCCAUAUAUUUACUUAAAUGAUACUCAAAAUAAAUUAACUGAUUGGUUAUUUAUAAAUAAUCAAUUCUCAAGAAGUAGACAUACAAUUAAUGAAUAUAAAGAUGUAUAA